AUGAAGAGGAGGUGACUUUGAUGUUCGCACAACACGAGCGGAUCCCCAUGAAGGACUUCAGCAACGAGGUCCGGGCCACUCUGGACGUGGACAACUUUGUCCUGCAGGCGUCCUUGCUCCUAGACAUCACAGAGAACUCGGUGGAGUCCAUCGUGGACCUGCUGGUGGAGAAGCUUCUGGAGGGAGACGAGAGGGAAGAGGUCAUCACUAAGGAGGUCAAGUCAGCGCUCUUCAGCCAUGACUCAGUUCACGUUCUAGCCAAGACAAUACAGGGGACAUCAGAGAGUCUGGGCGGAGGUUUUGACUAUGACCAGUCCUGGAUCUGUGCAAUGUGUUCAGUGCAGUCCUUACAGCGUCGUCACGUGGCCAUCGCCAGGCUGAAGCACGCAGCCAAUCUGGGCCGCACCAGCCAGGAGACGCGGUUCUUCUGCCUGGUCAUGGCACCGAUGCGAGAGAAGGGGACCAAGAACGCGCUGGAGACGGCGCGGACGUUCGCCACCAUCCUGGCCGAUAUCGACUGCAGGCAGUUGCUACAGAACUCUAAGACAGAGGAUGAGUUUAAGAGGAUUCUCAACUGUUAUGCAAAGGAGUUGGCAAUCCAGCAGAGUCAUUCCUCAAGACAUCGCCUCUCCAGACCGAGUGUUGUCGUCCCGUUUGAUGGCUUCGACGUGGGGAGUGGCUUUGCGAGGGGUCUCAGGGGAGACCUGAAGCGUCGAAUCCCCCACUACCUGAGCGAUUUCCGCGACGGUAUCGUCGGUCACAAGACCAUACACAAGCUGAUCUCCACGACACUCUUUCUAUACUUUGCCUGCCUCCUGCCAUCUAUAGCAUUCGGAGUUCUGAACGACAAGAACACACAUGGAAAGAUAGACGUAAGGAAGGUGAUAGUCUCCCAGACCAUCGGCGGGCUUUUCUUCUGUCUCUUUGGGGGCCAGCCGCUGAUAGUCAUGCUGACGACGGCACCACUGGCAAUAUACAUCAAAAUAAUCUACAGUAUCUGUGAGGAUUUUAAGCUGGACUUCCUGACGAUGUACGCCCUGGUCGGUCUCUGGAACACGCUCUUCCUCUGUCUGUAUUCAGUCUUCGACGUGUCCCGCAUCAUGAAGUGGUCCACAAGAUCAACGGAAGAAAUCUUCGCCCUCUUCAUUUCCAUUGCAUUUUGUGUGGAUGCCUUCAAGGACCUUGCAUACAACUUUAAAAGGAACUACAUCUCAGAGGGCUGCGAUCAGAUCCAGAGAAUGGACCUAGGCCUGCUGGACUACCUACCCCAGAACGACAGCAGUAACGUCACGCAGACAGUCAGCAUCCAGCCCUGUCUAAGGGAGAACUCACUGGUCUAUCUCAUCCUGAUGUUUGGUACGCUGUGGGUCGGCGUCACGCUGCACAGUUUUACAAAAAGCCCCUUUCUGGAUGCAAGCAAGCGGGAGGUAUUAGCAGACUAUGCACUGCCAGUCAGCGUCAUCACCAUGUCAUUCGUGGGAUCCUAUCUAUUCAGUGAUAUUCAGUUGGAGAAGUUUCCUUAUCAAGACGGCAGCUUCUUCCAGCUGGUCUCGUUGGAGCAGGUCAACGUCUACAUGAUCGUGGGCUCCAUGGGCAUGGGCUUUUGCCUGUCGCUGCUGUUCUUCAUGGAUCAGAACAUCACCGGUGCUAUGGUCAACAGUCCGGGCAACAAGCUGAAGAAAGGCACGGCUUACCAUCUAGACCUGAUGGUGGUCGCCGGCUUGAACUGCGUCCUGUCCAUGUUUGGCCUGCCCUGGCUCCACGGUGCCCUGCCCCACUCACCGCUACACGUCAAGGCCCUGGCGGACAAAGAAGAACGGGUGGACCAGGGGCACGUCCAUCACAUCAUUGUGCGAGUCCGCGAGACCCGUCUGACCAUCCUCCUAUCCCACAUCAUGAUCGGUCUGUCGGUCUUCAUGCUACCGGUCCCCCUUCAGUACAUCCCCAACGCGGUCCUGUAUGGUCUGUUCUUGUACAUGGCCUGCACGGCACUGGAUGAUAACCAGUUGUUUGAACGCACUAUGCUCCUCAUCACGGAACAGGCGGCCUACCCACCGAACCACUACGUCAGGCGAGUCCCCCAGCGUAAGAUGCACAUCUUCACCUUCACUCAGCUGCUCCAGUUGGCCUGUCUGUGUGGCUUUGGUUUUGCUCCUUGGCCCUACCUCAAAAUGGUCUUCCCUCUACUCAUCAUGUUCUUCCUUCCCAUCAGGCACAGGCUGGUCCCAAAAGUCAUCCACACCAAAUACUUGGAUGCUCUGGACAGAAGUCACUGAUGGUCCAUGAAGCAGGGCUGAAUUGUAGGCUUCUACACACACUACACUUGCACCAACACUAUCCUGAGAUAGAUACACCAAGGGCCGUUUCAUACUGUCUUGCCUACCCAUGUUGAAAUCGACACGGGUCUACCCUAAACAGAACCCGGUCACAUCACAACUUGGGUAGGCUAGACGAACCGUUCAUGUUAAACGGGUCGGCUGUAGAUUUGGAUUUUGCACCCAGGAAGAGCCACCUAACUCUGGUCCUGACCAGGGUUAGGUUUUACCCGUGUAGAGCGUUGGACCCGUGUACGUGUUCUGCAUAAUCCCCGAAACAGUCCUCUGUAAUACGUUUGUGUGCUUAGUCUAUGGGAGAGUGUUAUAUUACAGGGACAAAGGGAAACACAAAGCAUUGUCCUCGAGAGUAUAGUAAAACACGACUGUGUGUAGAAGCUGUGUUGGAUUCUUGCUAGUGAGAAAGGGUUCCUGAAAUCUCCUUGUUGGACUUGAGUCUGUCAAGGAGAUUUUGGAUAGUAUGAAUGGCCCUAUGGUGCAAGGGAGAGGGGUAGCGAUGGGACGUACACGUACCUCCAACGAAGGAAUUCCUUUGGUCAUGUGAUUUUUCUGUCUUGGUUUCUUUAAUUUGGUCUAUAUUUAGAGCAGUCACUAUUCAGUUGGUUUCUGACAAAAUGGUUCCAACUGAGCCGCACAAAAAUGUUUACAAAAAGCUGUCGUUGCUGUUGUUAGAAGGCUACACAACGUCUACUUUUCUGCCCUGAACCCAAAGAAAACUACAGCAAGAAAAUUUCUUAACAUUUUCUGAAAGGAAAAGUUUUACAGGGAAAGUACUUUUUCAGUUUUAUUGCACGAAGAUACCGCCAGUACUUUGAAGUGUAUGUAUGCCAGUACGAAGUGAAGACUUUUGUUUUGAUUUUACACAAAAACACCACCUAACGAUAUUACACUUUUGAAGAGUCACUGACGAACUGCUCGUCAACAUAACAUUCCAUUUUGAAGUUUCAAAUUAAAGCAAUAUGAAUGAAUUUGGAAAAGAA